AUGCACCGGAGGGUUGAUUGUUUGAGACACUAUAGCGCCAAAAUGGAGAUACUCAAUCGGCUAGUGGCGGGAUAUCACGACCUGAUGGACAACAAGAGCGAUCAAAGGGUGAAGGAUUGGUUCUUAAUGUCUUCGCCGUUUCCCACACUGGGGAUAUGCCUGACAUACGUUUUCAUAGUCAAAAUACUGGGUCCGAAGCUUAUGGAGAACAGAAAACCAUUCGAGCUCAAAAAUGUACUACUAUGGUACAACCUGUUCCAAGUUAUUUUUAGCUGUUGGCUCUUUUAUGAGAGCAUAGUCAGUGGGUGGUUUACCACGUACAGCUUCCGCUGUCAACCUGUCGACUAUUCGCGGUCCCCAGAUGUGAUGCGAACAGUAAAUGGAUGCUGGUGGUACUACUUCUCAAAAUUCACCGAAUUCUUCGAUACGAUCUUCUUUGUAAUGCGAAAGAAGUUCGAUCAUGUGUCAAAGCUACAUGUCAUUCACCACGGUAUCAUGCCGAUGUCCGUAUGGUUCGGUGUCAAGUUCACACCAGGGGGCCACUCCACCUUCUUUGGCAUGCUAAACACGUUCGUACACAUCAUUAUGUACUCGUAUUACAUGCUCGCCGCUCUUGGGCCACAAGUACAGAAAUAUCUCUGGUGGAAGAAAUACCUCACUGCCCUGCAAAUGAUUCAGUUUGUCUUGGUGUUCUUCCACGCAUUCCAGCUUCUCUUCAUCGACUGCGACUACCCACGGGCUUUCGUUUGGUGGAUCGGAAUGCACGCCGUCCUCUUCUAUUAUCUCUUCUCUGACUUCUACAAACAGGCUUACCUCAAGAAGUCUAAGAACGCCAAGGCCAAAGUGAAGGUGGAGGCGGACUCUUACAAGUCAGAGUCAAAGGAACGAAAGCUACCCUUGCUGAACGGAUUCAGUACUGGGUCCUCCCUGAACGACGUGCGGCAGAGGAUGGCCGGCGCGGUAGCCUCGCAG